GGGUUAGAGGAAGAAGGCGUGUCAGUGUCAGCUGAUGAACCAGGGAGUGACAUGUUUCUUUAUCAGAACAGGAGAGAGACGGAACGAGGAACGUUGGUUCAUUUUCAUCUCCACAAUAAAAUCAACCUGAACCUCAAAUCUCUUCUGGACGUUGGACUUCUUUCCUGAGUUACAAUCCCACUGAAAUGCUGCUUCAGUCAACUUUAGAGAUCUACACUUGUCAGACGGGUUAACCUACAUGGUGGUGAUAUCAGCAGCUGACGGCCCCGUUCACUGCAGAGACACAUGCUGCUCAGAUCAGAGCUCAAACUAGUUUCACUUCUCAGAAAAGGAGACUCACACAGUCGUUGAGUCACUGAGAGCUGAAAUGGAGCAGAAAGGAGUUCAGCUGGACCGGGAGAGCUUCUCUUGUUCCAUCUGUCUGGAUCUCCUGAAGGAUCCGGUGACUACUCCCUGUGGACACAGCUACUGCAUGAACUGUAUUAAAAGCUUCUGGGAUGGAGAGGACGAGAAGAACCUCCACAGCUGUCCUCAGUGUAGGCAGACCUUCACACCGAGGCCUGUGCUGCUGAAAAACACCAUGUUAGCUGAUUUAGUGGAGCAGCUGAAGAAGACUGGACUCCAAGCUGCUCCUGCUGAUCUCUGCUAUGCUGGACCUGAAGAUGUGUCCUGUGAUGUCUGCACUGGGAGGAAACUGAAAGCCUUCAAGUCCUGUCUGAAGUGUUCGGCUUCUUACUGUGAGAAACACCUCCAGCCUCAUUAUGAAUCACCAACAUUAAAGAAACACAAGCUGGUGGAGCCCUCCAAGAAGCUCCAGGAGAACAUCUGCUCUCGUCACGAUGAGGUGAUGAAGAUGUUCUGCCGUACUGAUCAGCAGUGUAUCUGUUACCUCUGCUCUGUGGAGGAACACAAAGGCCACGACACAGUCUCAGCUGCAGCAGAAAGGACUGAGAGGCAGAGAGAGCUGGAGGGGAGUCGACUAAACAUCCAGCAGAGAAUCCAGGACAGAGAGAAAGACGUGAAGCUGCUUCAACAGGAGGUGGAGGCCGUCAACCGCUCUGCAGAUGAAGCAGUGAAGGACAGCGAGAAGAUCUUCACUGAGCUGAUCCGUCUCAUGGAGAAAAGAAGCUCCGAUGUGAAGCAGCAGGUCAGAUCCCAGCAGAGAACUGAAGUGAGUCGAGUCAAAGAGCUUCAGGAGAAGAUGGAGCAGGAGAUCACUGAGCUGAAGAGGAACGACGCUGAGCUGCAGAAGCUCUCACACACAGAGGACCACAACCAGUUUCUACACAACUACACCUCACCGUCAGCACUCAGUGAGUCUACAGACUCAUCCAGCAUCAACAUCCGUCCUCUGCUCUACUUUGAGGAGGUGACAGCGGCUGUGUCAGAAGUCAGAGAUAAACUGCAGGACGUCCUGAGAGAGAAGUGGACAAACGUCUCACUGACGGUGACUGAAGUGGACGUUUUACUGUCACAACCAGAACCAAAGACCAGAGCUGGAUUCUUAAAGUAUUCACGUGAUAUCACUCUGGAUCCAAACACAGUGAACACAAAACUGUUAUUAUCUGAGGAGAACAGGAAAGUAACAUUAAUGAGUCAACAACAGUCUUAUUCUAGUCACACAGACAGAUUCACUGAAUGGUGUCAGGUCCUGAGUAGAGAGAGUCUGACUGGACGUUGUUACUGGGAGGUGGAGUGGAGAGGAAGAGGAGGAGUUGAUGUAGCAGUCGCAUACAAGAACAUCAGCAGAACAGGGAAUGAAUGUGUGUUUGGAUUCAAUGACAAAUCUUGGUCGUUACAUUGUAACAAUAACAGUUAUAUCUUUAUGUACAACAACGUCCAAACUCCCGUCUCUGGUCCUCAGUCCUCCAGAGUAGGAGUGUACCUGGAUCACAGUGCAGGUGUUCUGUCCUUCUACAGCGUCUCUGAAACCAUGACUCUCCUCCACAGAGUCCAGACCACAUUCACUCAGCCUCUCUACGCUGGAGUUAGUUUUUAUUAUUCUGUUGGAGACACUGCUGAGUUCUGUAGAGUGAAAUAGACAGAAGUCAUUUCAGGGUUAAACUCUGUGUUUUCACUCGUUUAGUCUCCAUGUUUGUCUCUGAGAGCUGAUUGUUGUGGCGUUUCUUCACUGCACAGAGAUCAGCUGUCAGUCAAACAUUCUGGUGGUACUUUGACAUCUUCUCAUUAGUUCUUCUGUAAAUGUUUGACUUUCUUUAUGUGGCUCUCCUUCCUGUGUCUGUAAAAGUAUUGUAUGUCAUAAAAAGUCAUAGUAUCAUAUGACUUUUAAUAUUUUUCAUGACAUACUUUACAACUACUUUUGAUGACUUGUUUAUGACUUCAACAACAAAUCAAACAGAAGAGCUUUAUUGUCUUGAUAUAUAUAUUUCCCUCUGAGAUGUAGAAGACUAGAAGUAGAAAGCAGCAGAACAUGUAAAUACUACAUGUUCCUCUAAGUUGUACAGGACUUGAUUAAAUGUUCAUGUGCUUACUUUCAAACGCUGCUCUUUUGUCCUGAUUCUGUAAAUAGCGCCUGAACACACCUUUAUUUUCAACUCCUCACCGUCAGCUGAAUAUUCAGAUGAUCAGAAACACAGUGAUGUCACUGAUGAAGACUCCCUUCACCCUUCACGUUGAGCGGCCCACCACUCAACAUCAGACCUCCUGCUUGUGCCUUUGAAGAGUUAAAAUAAGGACCGGUCUGCUGUCAACAACCCUGCUCCAUAUAGAGACAACAGAUCUGAAUAUUAAAUAUAACUACAUGUUUAUUAUAAAACAUGAAUUUGUGACAGAUGUUUGUAGGUGUGAAACGGACUCAGGAUCAGAUUAGAAAUAAAUAUAAAAACACAGUUCAAAGCGUUAAUCAGACUUAUUUCUUAUAUUUCUAACUAUAAUCACCCCCAACAAAGACAACACAUCCGGACACAUAAUGAAUAUAUGAUGUGACUAUAUUAAUAUAUGAUAUGAAUAUAUGAUGUGAAUAUAUGAUGUG